AUGGUUGUAUCUCCCGUAGCUGCCGAUCUGCCUGGGAAAAAUCCAAUCCAAUCAAAUGAUCCGAAUUUAAAGCAAGCUGAAAAUCCAUGCCUCGUAACGGGCGAAGAGGAAGAUAGUAGUAACGAAGAUGAUAGAGAAUGUGUUUAUGAGGAGGACGAUACAGAAGAUGAGGAAGAAGAAGUGGACAGAGUGCAAGGAAAGAAAGACACGGAGAAGGUUGAGCAAAACGACAACUUUGAGACUAUUCUCUUCUGUGCUCAGCUAGCUAUGAUUUUUACACCCAACAGCCCUUGCAGGCGCUUUUGUGCUCAGCCACCUUUUGUCGAAUGGGACGACAAGUCUCUGGAGAUCGAGGUAGAGACGUUAAUCAUGGAUGUAUAUAGAAAGUCAACACAUGCUGACUUUAUCCUUAGUUUCUUUUCCAAUCAUAGUUACAAAACAAAGGGCUGCGUUACUACACUUCAAUACGAUCCUCAUGAGUCUAAUGAGGCAGCUAUCUGCACAGCCACUCGUGUGAAAAAGCCCUCUAGACUACGUGACUCUUAUCCCAGGCCAUAUUCAGGAGAGCAAUUUCUUGUUUCUUCUUCGACUCACAUUCCUCCUUCUGCGUCGUCAUCUUCAGUCGCAUCUUCCUCUCCAAAAUCUUCUCCUCCCUCCUCUACACAACCUUUUAAACCUAUCUCAGUCCCAAUCCAGACAGUGAAUCAUCGCUCCGAUGUCGACUUGCCUGCAAAACGUCUUCAAGUUGGCCUGGCUCCUCUUUUGAUUCCUGUAACGAUCGAGUCCGAUCUUACCGGAAACAUAGAGGAAACAAUAUCUCUGGACCUCGUUGCUGGUCAACUUAAUAAACUGGAUGAAGAUGAAUUGGAACGUUUUUUGAAUGAAGAUUAA